AUGUCAUCAACAAACUCUAUCAAAAUCUUUGCUGGUAACUCUCAUGUAGAACUUGCAAAGCUCGUAGCCCGACGAAUAGGUAUAGAACUUUGUAAGGUGGCAGUAAUAAAAUAUAGUAAUCAGGAAACCUGUGUCACAAUUGGCGAGUCUGUUCGUGACGAAGAUGUUUUCAUUAUACAAUCUGGAUGUGGGGAAAUCAAUGAUAAUUUGAUGGAACUUCUUAUAAUGAUCAAUGCGUGCAAAACCGCGUCUGCUCGACGAAUUACUGCAGUGAUUCCUUGUUUUCCAUAUGCAAGACAAGAUAAAAAAGACAAAUCAAGAGCCCCAAUCACAGCAAAAUUAGUGGCAAAUAUGCUGACUGUCGCUGGUGCUAAUCACGUUAUUACUGUGGAUUUGCAUGCGAGCCAGAUUCAGGGGUUUUUCAAUGUUCCUGUGGAUAACUUGUAUUCGGAGCCUUCUAUGCUAAGAUAUAUCAAAGCGGAAAUAACAGGGUGGACAAAUACAAUCAUUGUAUCUCCUGAUGCUGGUGGUGCUAAAAGGGCAACGGCAAUAGCAGAUCGUCUUAAUUUAGAUUUCGCCUUAAUUCACAAAGAACGCAAAAUAGCAAAUGAAGUAUCACGUAUGGUAUUAGUAGGUGACGUCCGUGGAAAAGUGGCCAUACUAAUCGAUGAUAUGGCCGACACUUGUGGGACUUUGGCGCUAGCCGCCUCCACCCUUAAAGAAAAUGGAGCAACCAAAGUAUUAGCUAUCGUCGCACAUGGAAUUCUUUCCGGUAAAGCCAUUGAAGUGAUUAAUAAAUCUUGUUUGGAACGAGUGGUUGUUACAAAUACGAUUCCUCAUGAUGAUAAGAAAGCCGUUUGUCCUAAAAUCCAUACAAUUGAUAUUUCGGCUACACUUGCGGAAGCCAUUCGACGUACUCAUAAUGGCGAAUCUGUUUCUUUUCUGUUUUCGCAUGCUCCGGAAUAA